GUAGUGAAAGAGAAAAAGGAAAAAGAUUUCACGUGUAGCAUGUGCGUAAGCUGGUGCAAUGCAAUGAGAUAAGAAAAUCAAAGGGGUGAUGUUCCUCUCCUCAUUUCUCAUCUAUGCCUCCUCCUACCUCAUCUCACGGAUCUUGCCUCUCCCUCUCUUUCUUUUCUUUUUAUUUUAAUAAUAAUAAUAAUAAUAUUCAAACUGGUGAUCUCAGAACCACAAACACAACCUCUGCAUAUACAUAUAUAUAUAAGAUAGGUUGAGGAGUCCUAUUAAGGUUGUGAAGUUGGAAAUUUCUUCAAAUAUUGUUAUUAUUACCAGCAGCUAGGCACACAUAUGGCAUCUUGGAAAAAGACCAUCGCAACCCCAUUCAAGAAAGCUCGCACUUUCUUCAAUACCACUUCUACUAGGGAUAAUAAUCCUAAUAAUAACAAGUCUCAGCUCCAAGAAAAGGAGAGCAGAGUAGUGAUGGAUCUGCAUGGUGAAGUAAUGGCAUGCGCUUAUGAAGAUGUCCAAGUGAUGUGGUCUAUUCUGGACAAGUCCAACUCCACCUCACCACCCUAUAAAAUCACCUCCAAUUAACCUAUUUAUAUACAUAUAGACUAGUAGUUAUGAAAUUUGAUUGGAUAUAUAUAUAUGUGUAUGUGUGUGUACUGCUUUGUAGAUAAAUGGUACUUUGAGACAUACACAUAUGAUCCAAUUUCAAGAAAAGUGCAACAACAACAACAGAGGUGGAGUUUGUUGCAGACAUCUAGUCCAAUCUUCUUCUUCUUUGGUAUAUAUAUCUAUGUAUUUUCUUUUUUAAAAAAUUAUGUUAGAUAGCGAAUCCCUGUGAUAAAAAUUAAAAAUUCACAGCGAGAUUAUGAAUGAGAAUUGAAAAUUCCAUGUCU